AUGCCGGUCAGACCACCAGUAUCCGGUAUUACCGUGGAACAAGAGGAGACAAUGUGGCGGGUCCGGAUCGGGUCGAGCCCGCCCCGUUGUGAGCGGAUAUGCGAGUCUUGCAGGCACUGCGAGGCCGUUCAAGUUCCCACCACAAACCCACAAGUUAAUAAGGCCCGAGUCGAAAACUCGAGCUCGAAUGAUGAUGAUGAUGAUACCACCAAUUACAAGCCCUUGAGCUGGAAAUUUGGGUCGCCGCGUCCUCUUCAGCCGCUGAUUUCGUCUCCAAUCGAGGUGGGCGGGCACCGGGGCUUUCUUCUCAUCUCGUAUGGCCACGGAUUUUCUGUCAUGCUCGUCGUUUUUCUUGAUUCCUUGGCGGCGGCGGCGGGGCUGCCCGACGGCUUGGUAGCAUGGAGAGGGAGGCUGGGCUUGUUUGUGUCUGGAUGCGGACCGUCCUCUGCUUCUUCGUCCGGCUUCUUUGGGGUUGGAACUGUGCGGGGCUUGGUGACCUUGGCGUGUUGGUUCAAGGUAGUUGAGGUUUUGAUGAGGUCGGUUGGGAAGAUGCCCCCGAGUGUUCUCUUGAUCGGGAACCGUAGGGGUGUGAGGCUUGGCUCGGAAGUUAGAUGGUGUAGUUAA